AUGAAUAUCCGCGAAACAGUGAUCAGUUGCUCCGGCGUGCCUCAGGUUCUGUCUGGUCCCUGGGCUGCCCGCACGUACUACGUGGUCUUCAAGGGCAAGCUCAGGUUCGGAAGCCCCCUUAAGAUCAAGUCCAGUCAUGCCACAGUGAGCGAGGAUGACGGUGUCCUAAUCUGGGACGAGAAACUCUACCUGGAGUACAUGCGAACAACCGAUAUCACGAUUCAGAUCAUAGCACCCCAUACCAUCGGCAAAAGUGUCAUAGCUGAAACGACCGAGAAAGCCGUGGACCUGCACUCCAAACCUGAACUGAAGAUUCCUUUGUGCGGCGGCGACGGAUACUGUACUCUACAACUUGCGAUCUACAAAGAUGAUGACGCCUGGGGUGAGGUAUCGACUGUACUUAGCCGCUUACCCUCUCCGGCUCGAUUGACCUCCAGUCCUCUUCUAUCCCGAGUCGAUGGUGCUACUUCAAGCGAGAGUGUCAUGCAAUCGACGGCCACGCAUGUAUGGAAAACUCUCCUCGACAAGAUCGAUGAUGUAGCGGAUGCAGUAGAGGCACUCUCACAAAUACACCCGUACGCCCAGAUUGCCUGGAGCGUCAUCGGAGCGGGAUACAAGCUUGCGAAGAACCAGCAGGAUCGUGACGACAAGCUGGCGUCAUUGAUAGAGACGAUGCAGAAUACUUAUGCUGCUGUCAGUGCGACCAAGUCUCUCUCACGAAUGCGUCCCGAGCAGGAGGCAGCACUGAUAUCGCUGAUGAAGCAGACCACUGAAUGUGGUUACUUCGUCAUCGAAUACAUGAGGAAGACGUUCGUCACUCGCGCAGUUCACGGGUUUUUGUCCAAUGUCGACAAGACCAUUGAAGAUUACUGCUCGCGUUUCGUGGAGCUUCGUACCGCUUUCGUUAACCAUACCUCUAUCGCGACACAAGUGCUAGUACAACUCGUUCUUGACAAGACGGAGACCCUCGAAGCAACGGUCGAACUUGUUGAUAUGCCAUUCACCAAGACAGCACGAUGGCGCAGCGGCAAACAGUGCCUGCAGGGCACCCGGACGGAAAUGAUAUCGUGCAUCUUGAACUGGGCCAAUCUCUCCGAGUACUCUUCAUCGCGCGUGCUUCUGCUGACAGGAUCGGCGGGAACCGGGAAAUCUUCCGUGGCCCACAGUGUCGCUCGUUACUUGAAUGAACUUUCACGUCUGGGGGCAUCGUACUGUUUUGAGAAGAGUGACACUGUCAAUCACCGCCCUGGUCUGCUCUUUCCGACUCUUGCUCGCGAUCUGGCCGAUUGUCACCCACUGUUCAAACGCAAACUCGCUCACAUUGCCAGAAGUGCGACCUUGCGAGCCACACCUGAUCUCGACGACCAGUUUGAGAAUCUGAUCUUGAAGCCUCUAUCAGAGCUCGAGUACAUUGGUCCGUUGAUCAUUGUGAUCGAUGCAUUAGACGAAAGCGCUAGUCCCAAGGAUCGGCGCAAGCUACUGGAGAUACUGGCCAGGCGUCUCGACGAGCUUCCGGUCAACAUCCGCUUCGUGAUGACCUCUCGUCUCGAAGACGAUAUCAUGCAAUCUUUGGGAGCUGCGCGAUACGUCUCACGUCUGGACAUGGGUCAGAUCCCGUCGUCAUCCACGAUCACGGACAUUACAAAGUUCAUCUCUAGCAGACUCGUUGGAAUCGAUGGGCAGCCAGUACAAGUGUUCAAGAAUGAGCAUUAUCGGCAUCUGGCUGAAAAGUCGGAAGGACUAUUCCAAUGGGCUGCUGUCGUAUGUGACAUGAUCUUGCACGGCGAAGACAUGGAUUACUAUCUUGCAGACGAGGACAUGCUAUCACACUAUGAGCGAUUCUCUUCUUUAUCGGCUGAAUCGACGUCUACCGGUGUUCUCGAUGACCUGUAUCGUGAUAUACUGCUUCGUAGUGUCCCUAUGUCACAGGCCCAAGGCCGCCGGGAAGGUUCCAAACAUCUCCAAACAUUCCGCAAACUGCUCAGCCCGAUUCUUGCCGCAGUACAGCCUCUAUCCGCACGUUCAUUGUUUCGUUUGUUGCUGUUUUCCGAAUCUGAUCAACGCGUUUCAACGUCCAUGCUUCGCCGGCUCGGAGCACUUCUCACCGGAGUGCACGACGUAGAUUCGCCUAUCCGUCUUCUCCACACUUCAUUCCGAGACUUCCUGCGUGAUCCGUCCGCAAGCGAGGCCUACUAUAUUGACCCAGACGCCUCUCACCCUUCAUUUGCUCUCGGCUGCGCCCAGGUUCUCAAUAUGGAGCUUCGUUUCAACAUCUGUGCUUUGGAGACAUCAUAUGCACUGAACGAGGAGGUCGAGGACAUGCACGCCAGACUGAUUGAACAUGUGUCGGCUCCGCUGUCGUACGCUACCCAGCAUUGGGGAAAUCAUGUCGCGGCCGCGUCUUCACUCGAUGAAUCAUUAAUGGAGGCUAUCUCGUUCUUUCUGCAUGAUAGAUUCCUCUUCUGGCUCGAGGUGCUGAGCUUAUCGGGCUCGCUGCACACGGCCCUACCCGCUCUCGCGGCUCUGCGAGACAAGAGCAUACCCGCGAACCUGGAUGCUCUUGUGGCAGACUAUGUUCGAUUCAUACGGGUAUUCAACUAUCCGAUCAGGUCCUCGGCUCCUCACAUCUAUAUCAGCGCCUAUGCACUCGCGCCCAGUACUUCCCUUGUGCGCCUGCAGUCGUACUCGCUUGCCUUGCAACAUCUCGUGCGCGUUUCAGGCCCUUGGGAUCAUUGGCCAAAGACGGAUGUGAUCAUUGACACGCACGAUCAUAUCCUGUCUGUGGCAUUCUCGCCGGAUGGUCGUUGCAUUGCAUCCUCGUCGACGGAUAAUGAAGUAUCGCUUUGGAACGCGGAAACCGGUUGGCUCAUCUGCGAACCGCUCACGGGUCAUGUUGACACAGUCGCCGCUGUGGCGUUCUCUCCCGAUGGGUACUCGUUGGUCUCCGGGUCUCACGACACGACCCUACGCAUUUGGGAUAUCGGCAGGGCAGAACUGGGUAUCACGGUUGGAAUGCAGCUCAUGGGGCACUCCGACCGCGUGAAUACGGUUGCCUUUGCACCAGGCAGUCAUUGCAUUGCAUCUGGAUCGGAUGAUAUGAGCGUGUGUAUCUGGAAGCCUGACUCAGGUACCUACGUACCGAUGAUCUUGAGGGAACAUGUUGGAGGAGUUCUGUCCGUUAUGUUUUCACCUGAUGGACAACGGCUCGUGUCCGCUUCCACAGAUGGAUCUGUGUACCUAUGGGGAAUCGAAUCGGGGGUACUGUUGCAGAAACUGUUGGGCGGCCAUAUGAUGCCGGUAACAUCGCUUGCGUUCUCUCCCGAUGGGGCCACAGUCGUUUCAGGGUCUAUGGAUGCAUCCUUAUGUCUCUGGGACGCGAAUACAGGUCGAUUCCGUGAUCGCCUCCACGGUCAUACUCGUGCAAUCACGUCGUUAGCCUAUUCGCCGAACAGCAAUCGGAUCGUAUCUGCCUCUGAUGACCAACUACUAUGCGUCUGGGACAUGGCACAAGACGCGAUUGGCAAUCACUGGCAGGCAUCGCGAUUUGACGGCCAUACGGGAAGUCCGAGGUCUGUGGCUUUCUCCCCCGACGGGCGACAGAUCGUCUCUGGCGGAGAGGAUAGAACUAUUCGCGUAUGGCUGGUCGAUAACCAGUCUGGCGUCGAUUUCGCGUUCGAUGAGACCGAUACCUCGGUCAAUUCCGUCUUCAUCUCGUCCGAGGGUACCCGAUAUGUUGUCAGAUCUCACGAUCAGAGCGUGAGGGUGCGUCAUGUUGUCGAUGACAUGCCAAUUGGGAGACCACUGCAAGACCAGGUCGGCGAGAUAACUUGCGUAGCAUUCUCCCAUGACGGACGUUUAGUCGCUCUUGGAGGGGAGGACUGCGGGGUGAAUAUAUGGGACGUCGGGACCGGCCUGCACGAAGUUGGCCUGAGAGGACAUUCCGGUCCCAUAUCAUCCAUAGCGUUUUUCCCUGACGCUCGCCACUUUGUGUCCGCCUCGCAUGAUGCAACUCUUCGCAUCUGGGAUCUCACGAGGCAAUGCCUGGCGAUGAACCCGCUCGAAGGGUGCACGAAGGAGAUCACGUCCAUGGCUGUUUCCCUCGACGGACGGAUGCUUGUUGCGGGCUCAGUUGAUGGUUCCAUACGUAUCUGGGACACGCAGAGAGGCAGACUGUCGCGCACAAUCAACGGCGAGCCACACAUCCCGAUCCGAGCUGUGGCCGUUGCACCUAAUGCGCGCUUCAUCGCCGGUGGCGGCGAUGACUGCUCGGUGAGAAUCUGCAACGCGCAGACCGGUCAACUACUGUGGAGGUCCAGUCUUGGUCAUAGCGCCGCCGUCACGUCUGUCGUAUUCACUUCAGAUGGACAAUUGGUCAUCUCGGGGUCCCUUGACUGCCGUAUACGUAUCUGGAAGAAUAAUGGUGCACUAGCGGACGAGCCCCUUGUGGGACAUACUGGUGCUAUAACCAGCGUAGUAGUACCGCAAUCUACCGUGGCGUCUACGCCCAGCCAUAUCGUCUCAUCUUCCACCGACCGUACUGUGCGCGUAUGGUCAACAACCGCGCAUGGACAUAAUACGCAGCGUGCAUACCUGUUCUCGAAGAACCCAUUGCAUGCCUUAACCGGAUAUCCAAGUCUAGAGCUCGCGCGACGCUCUUCGGAACCCAACCCACAAGCUAUCAGGUUCACACUCACGUCCGAUUGGUGGAUCAAGGACGAAACUCAUGAUCCACCUCGCGUUCUACUAUGGAUUCCACCGGAGAUGCGAGACGGCUUGUACAUGCCUAACACAGCGCACAUCAGUGGACAGCGCACAUACCAACUUGACUUCAGUGACUUCGCGCACGGCGCACGAUGGGCGGACUGCUGGAAAGGUGAAGGGAUGAAGUACCAGUAG